GCGGCUCUGACAAGCCUGCCGGAAGCGUUCCCUGCCCAGCUUCCGGCCGGAGACGGACUUCCUCCUACGUCAGGGCACCUGCGACCCCUAGCGGCGGGGCGCCGGCGGGACGGGCGGGCACCGCCCUCGCUGUCUGGAGGGCGGGACUUCCGGGCGGCGGGACUUCCGGCUGCUGAGUGACGGGCGCAGCAUCAGCAUCGGCGGCGGCAGCGGCUGAGCCCUGAGGCAACAGCGGCUGCGGCGGAGGCGACGGGCUGCGGCCUGCGGACUCACGGGCAGCCGGGGCGGGCGAACGCGCCGGCGGACAGCAGGCCGCGCUGGCGGCGGCGGUGGCCGCGAUGAUGGAGAUCCAGAUGGACGAGGGCGGCGGCGUGGUCGUGUACCAGGAUGACUACUGCUCCGGCUCGGUGAUGUCGGAGCGGGUGUCGGGCCUGGCGGGCUCCAUCUACCGCGAGUUCGAGCGCCUCAUCCACUGCUAUGACGAGGAGGUGGUCAAAGAGCUUAUGCCGCUCGUGGUCAACGUGCUCGAGAACCUGGACUCCGUGCUCAGCGAGAACCAGGAGCACGAGGUGGAGCUGGAGCUACUGCGCGAGGACAACGAACAGCUGCUCACCCAGUACGAGCGGGAGAAGGCUCUGCGCAAGCAGGCCGAAGAGAAAUUCAUCGAGUUCGAAGAUGCCUUGGAGCAGGAGAAGAAGGAGCUCCAAGUCCAGGUGGAGCACUAUGAGUUUCAGACCCGCCAGCUGGAGCUGAAGGCCAAAAACUAUGCAGACCAGAUUUCCCGGCUGGAGGAGCGGGAGUCGGAGAUGAAGAAGGAGUACAACGCCCUGCACCAGCGGCACACGGAGAUGAUCCAGACCUACGUGGAGCACAUCGAGAGGUCCAAGAUGCAGCAGGUCGGGGGCAACAACCAGACGGAGGGCAGCCUGCCCGGGCGGAGUCCUCGCCAGUCGUGGAGGAGAAGCAGGAAGGAACGGCCCACUUCCCUGAAUGUCUUCCCCCUGGCGGACGGCAUGGUACGUGCCCAGACGGGGGGCAAGCUCGUGCCUGCGGGGGACCACUGGCACCUGAGCGACCUCGGCCAGCUGCAGCUCAGCGCCAGCUACCAGUGUCCGCAGGAGGAGAUGUCCGAGUCGGGCCAGUCCUCGGCGGCUGCCACCCCCAGCACCACGGGCACCAAGUCCAACACGCCCACGUCGUCUGUGCCCUCGGCCGCCGUCACGCCGCUCAGUGAGGGCCUGCAGCCCCUGGGCGACUACGGCCCCAACGCAAAGAACGGCAAGCGGGCACGGGAGAAGCGCAACAGCCGCAACAUGGAGGUGCAGGUCACACAGGAGAUGCGCAACGUCAGCAUAGGCAUGGGCAGCAGUGAUGAGUGGUCCGACGUCCAGGACAUCAUCGACUCGACCCCAGAGCUAGACAUGGGGCGGGAGCCCCGCCUGGACCGCACAGGCAACAGCCCGACCCAGGGGAUUGUGAACAAGGCUUUCGGCAUCAACACGGACUCCCUCUACCACGAGCUGUCAACCGCGGGCUCCGAGGUCAUCGGGGACGUGGACGAAGGGGCCGACCUGCUAGGGGAGUUCUCAGUGCGCGAUGAUUUUUUUGGAAUGGGCAAGGAAGUGGGGAAUCUGCUUCUGGAGAACUCGCAGCUUCUAGAAACCAAAAACGCUCUGAACGUGGUGAAGAACGACCUCAUCGCCAAGGUGGACCAGCUCUCAGGGGAGCAGGAGGUGCUGAAGGGGGACUUGGAAGCUGCCAGGCAGGCCAAACUCAGGCUGGAGAACCGUAUCAAGGACCUGGAGGAGGAGCUGAGGAGAGUGAAGUCGGAGGCCAUCGUUGCCCACCGUGAACCCAAAGAAGAGGUGGAGGAUGUAAGCAGCUAUCUCUGUACAGAAUUGGACAAGAUCCCCAUGGCGCAGCGCCGCCGCUUUACGCGCGUGGAGAUGGCCCGCGUGCUCAUGGAGCGCAACCAGUACAAGGAGCGGCUCAUGGAGCUGCAGGAGGCUGUACGGUGGACGGAGAUGAUCCGAGCGUCCCGCGAGCACCCGUCUGUCCAGGAGAAGAAGAAGUCCACCAUCUGGCAGUUCUUCAGCCGCCUCUUCAGCUCCUCCUCCAGCCCCCCUCCGGCCAAGCGGUCCUACCCCUCCGUGAACAUCCAUUACAAGUCGCCCACCACGGCCGGCUUCAGCCAGCGCCGCAAUCACGGCAUGUGCCAGAUCGCCGGCAGCCGGCCCCUGGAGUUCUUCCCCGAUGACGACUGCACGUCCUCCGCCCGGCGGGAGCAGAAGCGCGAGCAGUACCGCCAGGUGCGCGAGCACGUGCGCAACGACGAGGGGCGGCUGCAGGCCUGUGGCUGGAGCCUGCCGGCCAAGUACAAGCAGCUGAGUCCCAACGGGGGCCAGGAGGACACACGGGUGAAGAACGUGCCCGUCCCCGUGUACUGCCGCCCCCUGGUGGAGAAGGACCCCACCAUGAAGCUGUGGUGUGCUGCGGGCGUCAACCUGAGCGGCUGGAAACCCAGUGAGGACGACUCUGGGAAUGGAGUCAAGCCCCCGCCAGGCUGUGACCCUCUGACCUGCGACCGGGACGUCGAAGGAGAGACCCAGAGCAACCAUUCGUCCCCAGAGAGGAGGAAGGCCAAGGAGCUCCCCGAGGCGGAGCCCCCGUCCAGCCGCGUGUGGAUCCUCACCAGCACCCUGACCACCAGCAAAGUGGUCAUCAUCGAUGCCAGCCAGCCCGGCGCCGUCGUGGACCAGUUCACCGUGUGCAACGCCCACGUGCUCUGCAUCUCCAGCAUCCCCGCGGCCAGUGACGGCGACUACCCUCCAGGGGAGAUCUUCCUGGACAGCGAUGUGAACCCCGAGGACUCCGGUGCAGACGGCGUGCUGGCCGGCAUCACCCUGGUGGGCUGUGCCACCCGCUGCAACGUGCCACGCAGCGCCUGCUCCUCCCGCGGAGACACGCCAGUGCUGGAUAAGGGCCAGGGGGAGGUGGCUGUUGUCGCCAACGGGAAAGUCAACCCAUCUCAGUCCAUGGAGGAGGCCACGGAGGCCACGGAGGUGCCAGACUCUGGGCCCAGCGAGGCAGAUGCAGGCGCCGUGCGGCCUGGGCCCCUCACGGAGCACGUCUUCACCGACCCGGCCCCCACCCCGCCCCCCAGCGCCCAGCCUGACAGUGAAAACGGGCCGGAGGCCGACGUGAGUGGCAUGCAGCCCGAGCCGGAGCCCAGCGGGGACCCCACAGGGGCCACCAGCAGUGCUGCACCCACCAUGUGGCUGGGAGCCCAGAAUGGCUGGCUGUACGUGCACUCGGCCGUGGCCAACUGGAAGAAGCGCCUGCACUCCAUCAAGCUGAAGGACUCCGUGCUGAGCCUGGUGCACGUGAAAGGGCGCGUGCUGGUGGCUCUGGCGGACGGGACUCUGGCCAUCUUCCACCGAGGUGAAGACGGCCAGUGGGACCUGAGCAACUAUCACCUGAUGGACCUGGGCCACCCGCACCACUCCAUCCGCUGCAUGGCCGUGGUGCACGACCGCGUCUGGUGCGGCUACAAGAACAAGGUGCACGUGAUCCAGCCCAAGACCAUGCAGAUUGAGAAGUCGUUUGACGCCCACCCACGGCGGGAGAGCCAGGUGCGGCAGCUGGCGUGGAUCGGCGACGGGGUGUGGGUAUCCAUCCGCCUGGACUCCACGCUGCGGCUCUACCACGCCCAUACCCACCAGCACCUGCAGGACGUGGACAUCGAGCCCUACGUCAGCAAGAUGCUGGGUGCGUGGCUGCCGGGCAGCGUGGGGGCGGGCCGGAGGGUCCCGGCGCCGGCCCGCUGUGACCCCCUGCCCAUCUCCCCCAGGCACAGGCAAGCUGGGCUUCUCCUUCGUGCGCAUCACGGCCUUGCUCAUCGCGGGCAACCGCCUCUGGGUGGGCACUGGCAAUGGCGUGGUCAUCUCCAUCCCUCUGACCGAGACCGUGGUCCUGCACCGAGGCCAGCUGCUCGGGCUCCGGGCCAACAAGACGUCCCCCACAUCCGGGGAGGGGGCCCGCCCGGGAGGCGUCAUCCACGUGUACGGCGACGACAGCAGCGACAAGUCAGCCAGCAGCUUCAUCCCCUACUGCUCCAUGGCCCAGGCCCAGCUCUGCUUCCACGGGCACCGGGACGCCGUCAAGUUCUUCGUCUCCGUGCCAGGCAACGUGCUGGCCACUCUCAACGGCAGCGUGCUCGACAGCCCUUCCGAGGGCCCUGGGCCCACUGCUCCCGCCGCAGAUGCCGAGGCGCAGAAGCUGAGGAACGUGCUGGUGCUGAGCGGCGGGGAGGGCUACAUCGACUUCCGCAUCGGCGACGGGGAGGACGACGAGCCCGAGGAGGGGGCGGGGGACAUGAGCCAGGUGAAGCCCAUGCUGUCCAAGGCCGAGCGCAGCCACAUCAUCGUGUGGCAGGUGUCCUACACGCCCGAGUGACGCUGCGGCCCCCACCACCCACCCUGCCUGCCACCACCUGCCUCCGUGUACAUACAGCCCCGCCCGCCUGCCCACCGCCCACCCCGCAGGCCAGGCGCCCGUCCACCCCUCCUCUAACCUCUCAACCUGCAGCUUUCACCUUAGUUCCGGGCCUCUUUGCAAGCUGGCAAGAGCAGCCGUGCAGGCCUGGCUGGGAGGGAGGCGGGGGAGCGGGGUGGCGAUCUGACCAGGGAGGGACGACACCCUUGCCCGGCGGCUCCUGGCUGGCACCCAGCCCAAAGUCCCCGAGGCCCGAGGACACUUCAGGGCCAGAGCGAGGCCAACCCCCAGGAUGGCUGGGCCGGGGGAACGUCCCUACAGGGGACUCUCCAUGCCCGCCAUUCACUCCCAGGACUUCUGGGGGCGGAGGGCAAGAAGGGGCCUCACGCCACUGAGUCUCCCCACCCUGCGUCCCCUUGCCUUUGCCUGCUGCCCGUGGAGUGUGGGUCCAACCCUCAGGGAGCCAGCCAGUCACUAGCCCUCCCUGGGCCCCCCUCCCCUGUCCCUGCCACCCUGGGAACUGGCAUAAAAGCAUGUCACCAGGCUCCCUGGGGCACCUGCUUGAGAAGACAGACAGUGCCCUCGUCCCGCUGAGUCCCAUCCCGUGAUUGUCCUGUGUGGCAGGCUCUCACUGACCCGCGUCCCCCCACCUCGUAGGAGCAGGCUCUGGAGUCCCACCCCUCCCAGAGGCCCCCAAGGGUGGGGUUUCUCAGGCUGCCAGGGCAGGCCCAGGCCUCAGGAAGAAGGGGAGGCCCCCGGCCUCUCCUGGGGUCAGUCCUUGGACACAGGCUCAGCCUCAGGGUGACGAGGAAAGGUGUGCUCCAGGGCCUGCCUCCCGUGCAGUCUCCAAGGAGCCCAGCUCCCAGGACACGCUACUAAGUGCCUAGGGCUGGUGGUGUGGCCUGCUCUCUUGAGGGCAACCGACGAGGCUGUGAGCAGAGGCCCUAAGGGCUAGAACAGGAGCUGCUUUUGGCAGGCACCGCCCUGGACUGCCAACUCCCCACCUGCCCAGGCCUUACUCCUGUUCCUCGAGGCACCAGUCAGGGCAGCCCCAGGCCCUGCUGCCCACCCACCUCCCACCAGAGAAGCACAGAUCUUGGGCAGCCGUCCCACAAGCCCAGCUGGCCACCGCUGCAGCUCCUUGCAGCCACAGGAUUCUCCUCACCGCCCUGCCACUGUCCACUGUGAAGUGUGUCGCGUCCCCUGUCCGUUCUCACAGGGCCAGGGAGGGACUGGGGGGAGCCGGGUGGGUACAGCUGGGGAAAGGGGCUGGGUGAUGAUUCUCCUCAGGCUUUGGCCCUGCAACUUGAACCUACGUAUCUGCUCUGUAUGUAAUAAAUGUCUUAACAUCGUA